AUUAGGGAUAAAUGAUGCAACCGGAGAACAAUGGGAUUGAAUGGAGAGGGGAUUCAGGGCUACAAGACGGAGCCGAUGCAACAAAUGUCAAAGGGGGUUUAGUCGGUGGGUACUACAAUGCCGGUGACAACACUAAGUUCCAUUUCCCGAUGUCAUUCGCCAUGACAAUGUUGAGUUGGAGUGUGAUCGAGUACCAGCACAAGUACAAGUCUAUCAAAGAGUAUGAUCAUGCUCGCGAACUUAUUAGAUGGGGAACUGAUUACUUGCUUCGUACUUUCGACUCCUCGGCUUCUAUCAUUGACCACAUUUAUGCCCAGGUGGGUGGAUCUCAAAACGGUUCAACUACACCCGAUGAUCAAACGUGUUGGGAGAGACCUGAAGACAUGGAUUACAAGCGGCCCACACAAGUUAUUACAGCUGGCGCCGAUCUUGCUGGAGAAAUGGCGGCUGCAUUGGCCGCAGCGUCCAUAGUGUUUAAAGACGACGUUGCAUACUCUAAGAAGCUUGUGCAAGGUGCCUCUACAGUAUGGACAUUUGCUAGAAACGCUGGCAAGCGUAGCACAUACUCUAGAGGCAACCUUUUCAUAGCACCCUACUAUAACUCCACAGGGUACUAUGACGAGUACAUGUGGGGUAGUGCCUGGAUGUACUGCGCCACAGGCAACUCUAGCUACCUACGGUUAGCUACGUAUAUAGGGACAGCUAAACAUGCGAAAGCUUUGACUGAUGACCCUACACAACGGGUUUUUAGUUGGGAUAACAAGUCACCUGCCGCUAUGCUCUUGUUAACAAGGGUUCGCUUGUUCUUGAACCCUGGGUACCCUUAUGAGGACUUGUUACGUCGCUAUCACAAUGCUACCUCGAUCACCAUGUGCUCGUACCUUCAACGAUACCAAGUCUUUGACCGGACUCAAGGGGGGCUAAUUGAACUCAGCCAAGGAGGGUCUCAAAAUCUACAAUUCGUCGUCAAUGCUGUGUUUUUGGCGUCACUUUAUGCGGAUUAUUUAGAAGCUGCUAAUUCUCCUGGCUCUUAUUGUGGCACUACGUUUAUUCCAUUGAAUACACUCCGGGAAUUUGCCACUUCUCAGAUGGACUAUAUUUUGGGUAAAAAUCCGAUGAACAUGAGCUAUGUGGUGGGACACGGUGAUAAAUUCCCGACACAUGUUCACCAUCGAGGGGCAUCAAUACCAAAUGACAAUAUUACAUACUCAUGCCAAGACGGGGUUCAAUGGUUGUAUUCUGAUAAACCUAACCCACACAACAUCACGGGUGCCAUGGUUGGAGGUCCAGACCGACUUGAUAAGUUUAUAGAUGUGCGUACGAAUUCUAGCUAUACCGAACCCACCUUAGCCGGUAAUGCAGGUUUGGUUGCUGCACUUGUGUCGCUCACUGCAGCCGCAGGUGAUGGUGUCGACAAGAACUCUAUAUUUUCAGCUAUCUCACCGUUGUAUCCUAUGGCUGCAGCACCUUCACCACCAUGGAAACCGUAAAAACAAAACACAUGUGUAUACACACGUAUACAUAUAUUAUAUAUCACGUAAAUCAUACAUAUACAUGAAUCGACAAUGUUUAGUUCCAAGACAAAGUUAAGAUAAUAUGAUGUUAUGAUGUUCCAAACAUGAGAAAGCGUGCCUUGACAACCAACACGUGUUUAUCCCAUUUGCUUUUGAUACUUUUGGUUUUCUGACGCCAGAGG